AACAUAUUGAUAAAAUACAUUUACUAACAGUUUUAUUUAAUCACAUUUUCAUCGCUAUUAAUUACAACAUUCAUAUUCUACACAUAGGCUAUAGUCACAUAAAAAGUUAGUGUAUUAUUAGUCAAUCAUAUUUAUAAGUAGCAUUAAAUUACCAGCAAUUAUCUUAAGUUAUGGCCGAUUCCGACAAAUUAGACCUCGAUUCAAUUAUUCAAAAACUUGUCGAUGUGAAAGGGUCGAGACCUGGAAAGGCUGUCCAGUUGUCCGAAACGGAAAUCCGAAGUCUGUGUCUCAAAGGGAGGGAAGUAUUUCUGAGUCAACCCAUUCUACUGGAGUUGGAGGCGCCAAUCAAGAUAUGCGGUGAGUUU